CACAAGCCCACGACUCCUGUCCGCCCAUACGUCCCAAUCGCGAUCCCCGGCUUCAUCCCAUCCACCCCACGUCCAUAAUUUUUUUUCCCGCCAUGUCGUCGCUCUGGGAUACGUUUUCCGGUCGUAAGUCCUCGCAGAAGGACGCCGGCGCCCCUCAGACCUCUCCUGCCACUCACGAACCCACAACCACAUUCAACAGCCCGCCCGCGACCACCACCACUAAGUUCGACCCUUCAGCAGGAUCUGGCGUCGAGUCUUUCCUUCAGAGUUCCGCUUUCGCCGACCCGGCGCAAUUACAUCCUCUCUCGGGUCUGAACAAGGACACUCUCGAAUACCUCUCCCUCGAAGAUGCGACCUUGGCCGACGCCCCUGGCCAGUCCGUCCUCCCCUCUCGGGGCUUUACCGAUGAUCUUUGCUACGGAACCGGUGUCACAUACUUGGCGGCCCUGUCGAUAGGAGGAGCCUGGGGCCUGCAGGAGGGUCUGAGGAGGUCCGUCAACCAGCCGCCGAAGCUGCGCCUCAACUCGGUGCUCAACGCUGUCACCCGCCGUGGCCCCUUCCUUGGCAACUCGGCUGGUGUCGUCGCCAUUACCUACAACCUGCUGAACUCUGGUAUCGGCUACUUCAGAGGGAAGCACGAUGCCGCCAACACCAUCUUGGCUGGUGCGCUCAGUGGAAUGGUAUUCAAGAGCACACGGGGCGUGCGGCCCAUGCUGAUUUCCGGCGGUAUCGUAGCCUCCGUGGCUGGCGCCUGGGCUGUUGUCCGCAGUACUUUCUUCUCUGCUCCGGAGCCUGCGCACUCGGAGCGCGCCGCUUUGUAAUUUUAUGAUAUAACAACACCGUCACGAAUCAUCUUCGAUGACCACCCCGCCAAUAAUGAAAAGUCGAUUACAUCUGCGGAUCACAAUGGAUCCCGACGACACUGCUCGCCCGAUACGAGCUUCUUCUGUCUGUUGUUUGAGUAGGAAAUUUAGAGCGCCUUAGAGGAGUCUUGGGCAUUGUGACGGACGAUCUCUCCUCUGGCGGACCCGUGUACAGUAUUUUAGGAAGGAGCAUUAGAAGACCGCGUCACUGGGUGGUAGUGGGCGUUCGGUACCUAUCAACAAAAGUCAACAGCAUCACACGUUCUUCUCAUCAUCUCGUGGUAUUGCGACCUUGCCAUAAGUCCUAUCUACCUCCAAAUGAUGGACAUGGAACCCCGCUAUUAUCCGGUUACACACGAGCUGCUGCUAUCACCAGACGCCACUCC